AUGGAAUCAAUGAACAACCAAGAAAUUUUAAAUGGUACAAUUGAAUAUGUUUCAAGAUCAAGUAAAUUAUUAAAAAAAGUUUCUGAUAUUACAAAAGAGAAAAUUAAAGAUUAUCCAUAUUUAGAUGAUUUAACAGAAGAAUAUAUUCAAGUAUUUAUUUAA